CAUGCAGAUGAGACGGAUGCUAAUCAGUCUGUGGCUGGGAACGGGCCGAGGUUAUUGGCUUCCCCGGAUUCUAAUCCAGACGGCUCCUUGCUGCUCGCUCUGUAUAGAACUCCAGCUCUCCCCCCCUUUCCUACAGGAGCCCCUGGCCGACAUGCUGCUGCCUUAUACCCAGCUCAGCCCCCUGCCCACAGGGCCAGCUUUUGGCUUUCACUAGUGGGCUUCGGCUUGGUAGUUGAGGACAGGCUUCCUUCUUAUUUUAGUACAUAGCACCCCCUCCAUCUCAGCCUAAAGCCCUCGCUACUGAGCCACCAGGCCCCCCACCCCAGCCUUCUUUCUGUACUUAUGGAGGAGUUUGCAGAGCCUUAUCAUGCCUAGGAAAGGAAAUGGGCAGCUGCCUUUACCGGAUGGCUGGGAAGAAGCCAGAGAUUACGACGGGAAGGUGUUUUAUAUCGAUCACAACACCAGGCAGACCAGCUGGAUAGACCCAAGGGACAGGUUAACAAAACCCUUGUCGUUUGCUGACUGUGUUGGGAAUGAGCUGCCUUGGGGAUGGGAGUCUGGCUAUGAUCCCCAAAUUGGAGUUUACUACAUUAACCAUAUUAAUCAAACCACACAGAUAGAAGAUCCAAGAAAGUUAUGGAGAAAAGAACAGGAGCGAAUGCUGAAGGACUAUCUCACAGUGGCUCAGGAUGCCCUCAGCACACAAAAAGAACUUUACCAUGUAAAAGAACAGAGGCUGGCACUUGCUUUAGAUGAGUAUGUGCGGCUCAACGAUGCUUACAAAGAAAAAUCCAGUUCCCGCACAAGUUUGUUUUCAGGUUCAUCCUCUAGUACAAAAUAUGAUCCUGAUAUCCUUAAGGCAGAAAUAUCCACCACAAAAGUAAGGGUUAAAAAGCUGAAGAGGGAGCUGUCACAAAUGAAGCAGGAGCUACUUUAUAAGGAACAAGGGUUUGAGACAUUGCAGCGUAUUGACCAAAAAAUGUCAGGGGGACAGAGUGGUUAUGAGCUCAAAGAGGCAAAGGACAUUCUAUCGGAGCUGAAAAGUAUUAGAAAGGCCAUCAGUAGCGGAGAGAAGGAGAAACAGGACCUAAUGCAGAGCCUUGCUAAACUCAAGGAGAGGUUUCAUCUGGAUGAGGAACGAGGAAGAUCUGAACCAGACCUAAGAUCCAGCCCUGUAAACUCCCAGUUGUCUCUGUCCCGACAAACACUUGAUGCUGGAUCCCAAACUGAUAUUUCUGGUGAUAUUGGAAUGAGGAACAGAUCAAACCUAGCAGAGAAGGUCAGGCUCAGUCUGCAAUAUGAAGAGGCUAAAAGAAGCAUGGCCAAUCUAAAGAUCGAAUUAGCGAAGUUGGAUAGUGAGGCCUGGCCAGGGGCUGUCGAUAUCGAAAAGGAGAAACUUAUGUUGAUCAAUGAAAAGGAAGAGCUUCUGAAAGAACUUCAGUUUGUCACAACUAGAAAGCGCACUACGGAUGAGAUGGAACGGCUAGAGGCAGAGAGGAGGCGACUGGAAGAAGAUCUCUUGUCUGUAAAGAAUACUCCCAGCGAAGCACUUACGGAGAGGUUGAAACUUCAGGAGAAAAAGAAAGAACUUGUGAAGAAAUUGGAAGAAACAACAAAACUAGCCACUUAUCUGCAUUCUCAGCUUAAAAGUCUGUCUGCUAGUACAUUGUCUGUAUCUUCAGGAAGCAGCCUUGGCUCCUUAGCAUCUAGUCGUGGUUCCUUGAACACAUCUAGCCGUGGUUCUCUCAAUUCUCUAAGUUCCACUGACCUCUUCUAUAGCCAAGGAGAUCAUGGGACAGACUUGGACUAUCAGUAUAAGCUAGACUUUUUGUUGCAAGAAAAGAGUGGUUACAUUCCUUCUGGACCUAUUACCACAAUCCAUGAAAAUGAAGUGGUCCAUUGCCAUGGCAGGACAGACUAUACCAACUCUCCUACCCCCCAGCAGGACUCUGAAGAGGCCAAACCACCUAAAUCCGUGACCUCACUAUCAUCUCUAUCUUCUCUUUCAUCAUUGUCUCCACCUGGCUCUCCCCCAGUCUUGGAAGGAGCUUUUUCAUUGACUUCUCAAGACUCGCUCAGGACUGAUUUUGAGAGCUGUGAACUUUCUGGGACGUUUGUAGAUUUGAGCCUGCGUGAAAAUUUGGAUUUAUUGGACCCAGUCAUUGGAGAAUCUUCAGCAUUGCCUGAAGGGAAAUCUAUUGUGGAAUGUAGAAGGCCGCAAGCUUCAAUAGCAUUGCACGAAGGAAGAAUAGAUCUUGAGUUUUCUGGAAAAUCGGAGAGUGACACUCAACAGGAAAAGACUGCAGCAUGCAGUGUGUCUGCGGCAGUGUCAGAUGAGUCUGUGGCAGGAGACAGUGGCGUAUAUGAACCAUGUGUGAAAGCAGCGUGUGAGGAUCCAGCUUCUUCGGAAGACUAUACAUCUCUAGGGUCUGUUCAAGUUCAGUUAAUUCUCAGAUAUGAUUCAGGAAAAUCCAGCUUCGUCAUCAUCAUUGUCCAGGCACAAAACAAUCACUCAUGUGUCCCGUAUGGGUCCAGAAUGUAUUUCAGAGUAGCCGUCCUCCCAUCUUCCAGUGACAUCAGCUGUCUUUUCCGGACCAAAGUCUACCCAUCUGCUGAGAUUUUGAUAUUUAAUGAGCUGUUUCGAAUGUCAAUUUCUCAGACAUCAUUACAGCAAAAGACUCUGAGAGUCGAUGUGUGUUCUGUUGGCAAGACGCAUCGAGAGGAAUGCAUGGCUGGGACACAGAUCAGUCUGGCAGACUUUGCUUUAAAUAAUGAAGGAUAUACUCAGUGGCAUAACUUGCUACCAUGCAGACCAAUACCUCUACAGAAGGAGCAUUCUGUAAAGUCAGUGUUCGAUACAAGCAAGCCAAGGAUUGCAGCUCUAGAUUUGGAUGCUGUGUCAGCAUUGCUGGAGAGGACAUCUGCUGAGCUUGAAGCUGUAGAGCAAGAACUGGCCUUGGAAGAAGAUGAAGAAGUACAGGAUCAGAAAUGUUCUGGGGAAGAAUGGUCAGAAAUCCCACCAGAAGUACCUUUUGAUGUUCUUGGAGAGCCAGAAGCAGAAGCCCUCAUGGAUGACGAAUACUCAGCACCAUUGCAUUUAUCUGGUGACGCAGCAGAGUCAUCAAAAGGAAUGUAUGAAGAUCCAGGCAAAUGGGAGAGUACCUCUAGUCCUUUCACUGCUGUUGAGUUACCAACUCUGGUUGACAAAGAGACCAACACAGAAGAAGCAGCUCAUGAAAAUAUUUCUGUCCGACCCAAAGACAGGAAUAACCUUGGCUCCAGGCAGCGACCAUUUGUGCGAAACAGUAUGAUCGUCCGGUCACAGACUUUUUCUCCAGGGGAAAAGAACCAGUAUAUAUGUAGGCUAAAUCGAAGUGACAGUGACAGCUCCACCCUUGCCAAAAAGUCUCCAUUUGUUAGGAAUGCAACAGAGAGAAGGAGUUUAAGAGUAAAGAGGCCUGUUUGUCAGACGAUCUCAAGAAGAGCCAUGCACGAGUGUCGUGAGCGAACUUCUCUAGACUUGGAGCUGGAUCUCCAAGCAUCUCGGACCAGGCAGAGCCGUCUCAAUGAUGAACUGCAGUCCCUGAGAGAUCUGAAGCAAAAACUGGAGCAUAUGAAAGUGAGGGGGCAGACAGAAUUACCAUUGUGUGUCUUGGAAGAUGAUCGGUUUCAGAAGCUCUUGAAACAAGCUGAAAAAAAGGCUGAACAAUCAAAAGAAGAACAAAAGCAAGGUCUAAGCGCUGAAAAAUUAAUGAGAAAAGCCUCAAAGGAUGUAUGCAGACUACGGGAACAGAGCCAGAAUGUACCUCUUCAAGUACAGUCUUUCAGGGAGAAGAUUGCUUACUUCACCAGAGCAAAAAUCAGCAUACCAUCUCUAUCAGCUGAUGAUGUAUAGUUUUUAUUUAAAAGAAAAAUCUUGGCUGUAUUUUUUUUUUUUCUUCAAUUGUUAAUCUUUUUUUUUUUUUUUAAAUGUUUCUCUAGUAUAGAUAUCUGCUUUUUUGAUGGGGGAAAAAAAUUAAUAUUUUAACAAAAUCCCUACCAUUUCUAAAAAAAAAAAAAAUCAUCAUACAACAACCAAAGUAGACUAAUCUGGUCCAUGGAUGGUAAAUUUGUACAGUUUCUUCAUGUUAUAUAUAUAUUUUGUAAAUUUGGAUCAAAGAUGCAAGAAGACGCAAGCGUAUCAAGUGUAUUUCCUGUUGCAGUGCACUGUGCAGACAUCUUACAUUCAAUGGACUUGUUUAACUUUUUUUAUAUGUAUGUAAGCUGACUGUGAAUAUUCAUUUUUGCACCAGAGACUGAAUUUUAGAAGUCAAAAUAAUUUUCCAAAACAAAAAGACUGUCUCUUGAUCCCAAGCACUUGGAGUCUCUCAGUGGUGCCUUUGAUAUCACUAUUAUUAACUCAGAGCGAAUUUAACUAAGUGAGUUUUUAAAAGUGGAGAUUAACAUCCCAAAUCUGCAAACUGCCUGACGAAUGACCUGAUAAUGGAGUAUAAAGUUACUAUAAAACCAUGAAAACAAAGCUUACAAAAAGCAAACUGGUUUAAAUUACAUUAGCAUAUAUGGCGUGCUAGUGCAUCUUUUUUACUGUGCGUUUCUUUGUGUGUUUGUUUGUGUGUGUGUGUUCAUUGAUUUGUCACUCAUACUUACUAUAGCACAUUGUAAAAUCUAUUCAUAAACUUUGCUCUAAGGUGCAUCUAAUCCCAGAAAUGUAACUGUCCGAAGAUUUAAGGCAAGCUGUGUUUAAAGUUCGAUAGGGUUAUUUAUUUAUUUAAUGAUACAUUUCCCUUUGUGUGUGAUAUUGCCCCAAGAGCCUGUAUCCUUCACAAUGAACACCUUUAUCUAGCACACAGAUAUUCCUGCACUUGUUACUUAACAUCUCUGAGCACAUAAAUGAACUGUGAAGCUUUAAUUGAUUCUCUUGUAUGUCUUAUAAAAUAGGUGGGUUUGUACACCUGCCAUAGUCUUAUGUCUAUCUUUUGUAUGACCAGAAUCCUUAGUUCCUUAGUCAAGCUAGGCGUUUAUUGUAGUAAGGCUCUCUCUGUAUGCUCCUGAUUCAUAGAGAUACACCAUGCCAGUGAUAACCGUGAGGGCCAACAUAAUGCAAAGCACAUUGAGUGUCUGUCUGGAUCUUUCACAUAUAUGACUUAUUUCUCAUCCAUUCUAUCUUUAUCGUCAAUGUAAUUUGUGGAGGGACAUGCAUUAACCUGCUGGUUCUUUCUAUAAAUAAAAUAAGUGAGUAUUUCUGAAUAAUGAAAUCCAUUAUCUUUCCAAUAACAAUCCGCUUUGUAUAACACACACCCAAUAGAUGUGCAUUUGCCAAUUUGAUCUUUUGGUUCUCUCUCCUGGUGGCAAUAUCAGAAUGUGAUAUUUAUUUUUCAUUGAAAGGGUUACUCCAAGCAUCAUAACUAUUACAGCCUGCUAGACCUGUUUCUAGGUAAUGGGGCAUAUCGUUUUACAAUGGUUUUCCCUCUUACAUGGGUGCCGCCAGGCUCCUGGUCUCCUUUUGUAGGCAGGUUUACGAUAUCACACUUCUGCAGAACUGAAGAAGCUGGAUGCUGGUUCUGUCUCUCACGUGGCAGGCAGCGAAAGCUGGCGGGAAAGAUUUACAAAAAAUUAUUUACACUCAGUCUUUCCAAUGGGUUUCUUCCUUAUUUUCUUCAAUACAAAUGUAAAACCGCAUGCUAAUAUCAUUAUUAACGUUUCAGUCCGGACCUGAACUUUCCUCGGGCCAAAUGAACACCUGCACAUGGGUUGGGUUAGUUUAUAGUCCAUUAUUAGUACAUAGAAAAAUGUUUUGUAUUUUGAAACUUUUAUUUGUCCUGAGGAAAGUUCAGAUCGUGCGGUUUUAAACUUAUACUCAAUAAAUAAAGGGAGAAAAGACCCUCUAGAAAGAUGGUGAGUGCAGAUUAUUUUUUUUUUUUUAUGCAUGUAUUUAGAGUCUAUGUAUCUGGCACCUGACAAAAAGUCUAUAAUGCAUAGCUACAUUCUCUUCAUAUUUGACAAAAGUUGCAUAUGUGUAUAUGUCUGUGCAUGUUCCUGCUUGUAAUAUUGUUCGCGUCUGGGUGUGCUUGCAGCUGUGUAAAUGCAGACAGGGUCCAAGAUGAAGUUAGAAAUUAUUAUGGUAACGGGAGGCAUCAAGUUAGAGAGAGGUUAAUGCCAAAAUUGGGUUACUUAGGGUGUAAAUAGGAUUAUUAAAAGCUUUAGAGUGUUUGCAGUUGUGGUAUAAGGGGUGUUUAGGAUUAUUGGAUUUACAGUUACAGUGGGAUUAAGUUUAGUAUUGGAAUACAGCGGGCGUUUACUGUGAUCAUUUGUUUAACUCCUCUUAAAAAUUAUUUUUUUCAGGUUUAGCGUUUGAGUGCUUAAACUUGGGACUAAGGAAAGGAUUUGUUUUUGGAAGGGAUUUAAAUUUAUGGACCUGGGAAAAGGUCGUUUUAGGGUGCGUGGAAUUUGAUGGAGCAUGAUUGAUAGAAGAUGUAACACAAAGUAAUACAGGAAAAGGGCUGUGCCAAUAGUUAAAAGGUGCAAAAGUUCAUCUGAAUAGGUAGGGCAAUAUAACGUAGUUGGUCUCACUGAUAUGGUGGGACUAAAGUUCUGAUGGAGUAACUUAAGGUAAAGUCCAAUAAUAUUGAGGUCUCACUUAGAAGUAUCUUUAUAAGGUGCCUGUUUUUGGGUGUAGAGUCCUCAAUGUCCCUAGUGGUCCAACCGUCCCGCUUAUAUGCAAGACAAAAACUAGGAGACCCAAUGAUGCAGUAUAUAAAAGCCAAAAUGGGUAAAAUAAACAAAUAUGUUCAAUCAACUCACAUUUAAAAUAGCUACAGCCAGCUCUGGUGUGAAGGGCGUGAUAGGAGUCCUUCAGAGGGAUGGUAUCCAACACUCAGGAGAUGGAUAUAUGAAAGACAGCCAAUAGUGCUCUCAGUAGAAUAAAAUAUGCAGUAAACAUAAAUAAAAAUUUACUCACAAGUGAAGUGCAGGCAAACUGCACUGUAAUGUCAGCGUUGGUGGCAUGAUCCCCACCUUGGAUAUACUUGGAAUCACACGAAGAUAAAAGGAAGCCAGGUUAAAAAUUCC